UAAAUAAUUUUUAUAAAAACCAAGAGAAGUUAAGUACACGACUUGAAUGUAUUAACAUAUAUAUGUAUGUGUAAUAAAUGGUGACUAUUCCAUACGAGUUGCGAGUCAUUGUACGAACACGAUAUUUUUGAGCGAACAAAUUAUUAAACGUUAAAAAUGGCUACUUAUUUUGGAGAGGUUGUAUUUCCAUCAUCUCGGGCAUUUUGGGAUGAAAAUGAAGGAGAAGAAUUAACUGAUGAAUUGCAAGCAGAACUGCAAGUCAAUAUUAAUUGGCUAAAGGAUAAACCCACAUCUAUGAAAAAGUUUAUACUAGUAGAAGGAGAGAUAAUAAUUGAUUUUUUAAAAGAGGGAUUAUGUCAUGAUGCUGAGGAAAUAUGUAUUAUUCAAGAUAAAUGUAAUAAAGAACUUGCUACAAUAUAUCAAGUUAAUAAAGAUCUUUAUAUCUGUAUUAUACCACGGAACUUUGAUACAAAAUUUGCAGGUGAAUUUGUAAUAAAGAUAAGCGAAAUUUUGUCUAUUUCCAAAAGUAUAUAUUUAAUAACUUGGAGACACAUAUCACAAUACAAGAGUGGGAACAUACCAAAUGUACCUUCUUUUCUAAGAUGCUUAUAUACAAAAGAUGCAAAGGAUCUAUGCAAGUCACACAAAGAAAUCUUAGAAAAACCAAACAUUAUAUAUGGAGUUGCUGCAGGAAUUUUAUCUUUUGCUCAAAUGAUGGAAUACCAGUCUGUUCUUUAUGUUUUAUAUACAGACAGUUUUGUGUUAGAUUCCAUAGCUGCAGAACCUCUUAUUGAAGUAUUCGCAGAAAUAAGUAAUCAGGAUUUACAUAAUGUUACAUUUGUUGGAAAGAACUUUUUUAAUAAAGGAAAUCUAUAUAUAUAAAA